UGGUUGGCGGUGACAGUGACGCAGAUACCUUGAAUACAAUGAAUGUACGCAGAGCUGGUUCCAGANNNNUGUUCAGUCCUAUCUUCACUCAGAAAGAUUACUUCACAAACGUAGCGGACAAUAUCCAAAAUAGGACAUCAAUCCGUGUAACUUUCUCCUGGGUCAGCUCUCUUCAAGCGCAAAGUUUCCAGACGACAGUGGGGAUUUUCAACAGGUGUGAGUAACAACAGGCAUCAACUUCAAGAUGAGCACCUUCAAAUGUCCAUUGGCAACACUGGGAGCCUUUCAUAUUGUUGAUGGGAUAGUGAACCCUGCUGCGUGGGGCAUUAGCUGGCUUUUUUAUGGCUACGUUAGUACAGUUGCUGCUCCAGUCUGGGGUGGUGUCGUUUUCUUCAUUCCAGCCGGAAUUCUGACUAUUCUCGCAGGUACUAAUGGCAGUCGUGGAGUGGCGAAUUGGUCCUUAGUAAUGAACAUCUUUGCAGGAAUUGUAGCUGUAGUGGUCAUUGUCUUCAGUGGUAUCAUGGCCAGUACAAACUUCUCCUACGGUUUGGGCGCCCAUGGCGCAUGCAAUGUCAUCUCUAUUCUGAGUGCCGCCUUAGAGAUCGUGAUUUCAAUCAUGGGUGCUAUCUACUCCGGCCUGGUAAUCUCUCGAGGCGGACCAGCACAGACUACGACUGCGCAAGCCCCUACUCUGGGGUAUAACAUCCAAGCUGUGCAACAGUACCCAGGCCAGCAGUUUCAAGCACAGCAGUACCCUGGCCAACAGGUCCAAGCAAUGCAGUACCCUGGCCAACAGGCCCAAGCGAUGCAGUACCCUGCAGCACCGCAGGAGCAGACGUACUAGCAGCCUGCCACAGACUCCAGUGACAGGGGAUUCGGUAACCUUGUUAUGCGACUGAGCAAAUAUUCACUGAGUGCUAGAUGCUGUCAAAAGAAAACAAAUUACUCUGACAUAUCCAAUUCGAAGCUCAGGAACUACCAAAUCAAAACGUAUGAAUAGACGGCAGCAAUACUUAAGCUUUCAAUUGCUUGAUUUGGGGACUGUAUCAAACUGGACUAAUUGUCAAUAGCUUAGGCUUAAACCCUUCAGUAAACUAGCGAGAUAAAGAAAAUGCAUACCGGUCAUCGUGUGUUUUGAAUAACUUUUUUGUUUUUUGUUGAAUUAACUGAAAAUUUUUGUAAUCCUCAAGCUACUUAUGUCCUUCGAGACGGCCAAGUCCCUUUAACCUAGCUAUAACUGCUGUGGAGUAAGGCCUGUCAAAAGAUCAGUACUCCCAGUCUCCCCAUAUGACCUUUCGCAGGAAGUAGACCGCUUUGUUGACAGACAUGUCCCGACAGGUUACGGCUGUUUGGGUUGUGACUGGGAUUACUUUACUUUCACAGCAGCAAAUGAAUUGUAGACAGAGGGGACCUCAAGGUGUAUUGGCAACCACAAAACAGUCGUACAGGUUCAUAGGAGUACUGAGCUACAGAUAUGACUGGGAAAUGACCUGGAUAUUUUAUUUAUCCACAUGGAUACUCGAUGUAAUUUCAUGGGCGUGGUCACUUGCAGGCUUGUAAUUAAACAUGAUAGUGAUAGCUUAUUUAUUUUCAUGCCAGCCAGCCUAUUGUCAAGAAUACCAGGGGAUUUCCUCCUGAUUCACGUUACUGGAUCUAUCAGUGUAUUACACUAACUGUGAAUCAUUUCAAUGUUUCAUUUCAAAAUUUCGCAUCUAGCACUCGAAGCAAUUUCGUGCCCACAAUACGAGCAACAAGCUUAAUUUUGUUUUAGUCAUAAUAUCGAAGUAAAAUUUUAAAAAAUCAAGAGAAGAAGCCAAACCUGGAAUCAAGGAUUCAGGAAAAUUAUGCUCUCGAUAAUAGAUUAACUUAAAAUUUACAUAAAUCUAAACAUGUUUAGAUUGAAUGAGUAGUUGCUGUCUUAUCUGUAACUGUUAUCAAGUAUCUUGGAAUUAAGACUUGAUCUUUUUGAUUUUACAUCUUGAUUAUUGUACCAUUUCACUAUUUUUACUUUCCAAUUUGUGCUUCGCUGUAGGACUUCCUUUAUUGGCUUUGCAGUAAUAUAUUAUGUCCCUUUCUAUCGGUACAAAAAUGUUUCUGUAAAUAUCCAAUGCGAUCGAAGCUUUCUGUCAACUUUAAUGCUUAAAAUAGUGACAGUUAAUUGUAACAAAAUUGGUCAAGCUUGAAAUUAAAACUUGAUUAUAUCUUUUUAAACAAGAUGGUAUAUGACCCUGCAUGGCCUGACGGAAUGUACAAUAUUCCCAUGUGGAAACGGUACUAUUCACGGUGUAGCUGUUUUCAUCAAGCCUUCACUUUGUGAGCUUUUGUGCCUAUACCUUACGAUAUUGUGGGAUUUUCAAUUGUUUUCAAUAUCAGCAUAUAUACCUAGGCAGAGCUAAUUAUAGCACUUAUGUUGCAUUAUGGAAAUGGUUACCAUAGUAAGGUUUAAUACACAAAUAACUUUCAACAAAAGGCUGUUAGGUUAGAAUGAAACAAGUUUCUUUUUGUAAAUGUAUGCCAUGUAAAAAAAAACACGGAAAGUGAAAGCUUGAAUCCAGUGAGUUCGGGAAGAAAUGGCGUACGCCUGUAUUAAAAAGGGUGAAUAUAUACGCCUGUAAAAGGAUAAAUAAAUAAAAAUGAACUUGCAGUACCUUGUAGAUAAAUUAAAUCGUUAUCGUACUUACGUCAAGUGGACACAUCUACGUCUGUAACUGACGUCUGUGACAUUGUGACCUUAUAUGCACUUGACCUUUGUCUGUUGAUCCAAAGAUUCAAAUCUUUGCCUUGUUCGUUGAGCCUGUAUUUGUCUGGCAUCCAUCGUCACGCCCCGUCAAAGUCCUAUUGUUUAUGAUAAUGGUAUGAAAUUUAGGGAUUUUUUUCAUGUUUUUGUAAAAUGAAGAAUUUUUGUACAACAGAAAUAAAUUUGCCACUUUU